AUGUGGGCGUCGGUAGAUCACUUGACGGUGGAUGAGAUCCUCGACCAGGAGGAGUUCGAAAUCCCUUUUGAGCGGCAAGCCAGAAGGAAUACUGCCAAAGAAGCGAUUGGCCCGUGUCACGAUUCCAUCAGAACUCUCUCGCGGUUAUAUCUCCACCUUUACUUCUCUGAAAUCUUUGUCGCUAUUCAAUUGCCCGAACCAGCUUCGCCUUUUGCGUUUGCUGUCAAGGGCAUCCAGAUCCAUGCAUCUGGAGAGUUUUCAGGCAUGCUUCGACUUCCUGUUACAGUCGGAGUCGAAAACAGAUUCCCCUUCCUGCAAAUGCGACUUGUUUCUCGGACCCUACUUUGA